UACACUUGUCACAACCACUCACUCACACUGCACUAUGGUACUGCACUGGCUUGGUACAAUAGACCUGGAGACACUGACAUGAAUAGAGCGAGGAGAGGAGCACACAUCCAACUCAGAGCAACAGUUGGUGGACUGCAUGACUGCUUGAAGAGUGUUGCGUCAUUUGACGUGUUGCAUCGUUUGAAUUUGAAGCCAUGCUGUGUGAGAGCAUACUAUGGAGCAUGACCUACUGUAGUGACCAGGAGAGACUGGACCCUCUCCCCCCUGUGAUAGAGCCCCCCACGAGUAGUGUGAGGCCUGGCUCACAGCAGGUUAAAGCCUCCCCGCUCUUCACACUCCAGGCCUCUCCAGACCAGCCAAGCAGAAAGGGCCACUCCAUCCUGCCUAGAGUGGCCCAAGACCAGAGGCCCUCCCGGGUGAAUGCCCAAAUCCAGCCCCAGGGUUCUUCUCUACAGCAGGCCUUGCAUUCCCAGAGGCCCCAUCCUGGCAGACACAUUUCCCCAGAGAUGGAGAUCCCUGGGCAGGCUCGUUCUGGUGGCGACGUCCCUUUCCUGGUGCCCUCUUCCUGCCAGAGCAUCUGUCAGAACUACAGCGACCUCCACAUCGGUGGGGACCAGGUGCUGCCUCUUUCAGAUCACGAUGGGGAGCUCCUGCCUUGCAGCGAUACUCAGGCCGACGGCCCCUUCCUCUAUUCCUGUGACGUCCUCCCAGCCGCAGAUGACUCUCCCCCAGAUCGGGCCUCUGAAGACAGGCCACUGCGUCCUCUCCAGGGGGGCUCAGGCUUGGGAUCCUCCCGCUGGAGGGCGGGGAGCGGCCGCGACCAGAGCUUCCUCCUCCAAGGGUGUGAGGGGCCCCUCUCCAACUCAUUGCUCAACCGCUACCUGGAGCACAAGCUACUGGACCUGUACCAGCAGUACAUGCUGGAGAGCAUGGCCCGGGAAGGGGGUUGUAAUGAGGGUUUCCCCAGCCAUCUGCUGGCUUCAGAGCUGCUUCUUACCAGCCUGGAUCAGAUCACGUUGCAGCUGAGCCGUGAGGGCCACCUAGAAGCAGGCCGGGCCAAAGACAUGGUGCUCAGCUGCCUGCUGAGGGUGGCCAGCGGCCUGCAGUCCAGUGAGAUCAGUACUCCCCUGCUCCAGAUCUCAACUGACCUGCAGCUCCCCACUGCUACUGCUGCUGCUGCUGCUGCUGCUGCUACUGUUACUACUGCUGUUACUGCUGCUACUACUACUGUUGUUGUUACUGCUGCUACUGUUACUACUGCUGUUACUACUGCUACUGUUGCUGCUGCUUCUACUUUUACUACUACUGCUGCUGGUGCUGGUGCUGGGGGCCUAGGAGUACCUCAGGGACCGCUCAACUUCACCACUGACCCCCCAGUUAAAGACAUCCUUUGACCCCUGACCCCUGAAACAACUGCACUCAGAAACCGUCUUGUUACUGAGGUCCAACCAACUUGACUCAGCUCUCCUCCAGUACUAGACAGUUUCACUGUCCCCCUAGUUUUAAAAAACAGCCUCUGAACAGGGAAGGACCAGGAGGGAGUGUGUGCAGCAGCUAUGUUUUUAGCCUAAUGGAAAAUGUAAAUUGUUGCUACCUUACCUACUUUGGUAUUACCUUCACUCAGACUCUGUCUAUCCUCUCAGUUCCCCCUACACACCGUUCUCUUAUGAUGAAACGAAACAGCUGUCAAAUAGCUGCAGUGAUAUAAUAUCGAUAUUGAGGUGGAAACGCAGUGGUGGAGAGUGAAGACAUCUGUACUGUUGUCAUGUUUUCAGGAAGAGAACAUGACCUUCUAUCUAAUGUUUUUAUCUUGUUUUUUUGUCUGUGAAAAAUCAAUAAAUAUGUUGAUCACACAAAUGUCAGUUACUCUGAU